GUCCUGAGGCGGGCGGCGGGAUGGCGAUGCCCUUAGGGUCCACGGACUUGGCCUGCUCCAGAGCGCCUCCGCCCUGCGGGGGGGCCCAGGAGGCGGCUGCCGAGGAGGAGGAGCGGGAGGUAGUGCGGUUCCGAGUCAAGAAAUGUGAGAGCUUCUUGCCACCUGACUUCCGCUCCUUUGCCGUUGACCCCCAGAUCACCUCACUCGACGUGUUACAGCACAUCCUUAUCCGAGCUUUUGACUUGAACGGGAAGAAGAACUUUGGGAUCAGCUACCUGGGCCGGGAUCGGCUGGGGCAGGAAACGUACUUCUCACUACUUUCUGACUGGGACCUCAGCACAGCCUUUGCCACUGCCUCCAAACCUUACCUGCAGUUGCGUGUAGACAUCUGGCCCAGCGAGGACAGUGAGUACGCAGGGCCCCAGGAGCCCUGCUCUGGGACCUACACUUUCCCCAUGACUCCACCAAUUGCAGUACACUCCCUCAGGGUGGACUGGGGAGCAAGGUAUCCUAGAUCCAAAUCCUGGCUCGGCCACUGGGUCUCAAUUUCUUUCACAUAGUGAAUGCUCAAAAAUUGU